AUGUGCGUGUCACAUGAAGCCAUCAGUUCAGUCUUGAUCCAGGAGAAGGAAGCUCAAGUGCCUAUUUAUUUCGUCAGCCGCCUGUUGCAAGAAUCGGAAAGUAGAUAUCAAUUGCUAGAAAAGGUGGCACUCGGACUUGUUCACACUGCUCGAAGACUUCAGCAAUACUUUCAAGGACACAAAAUCGUGGUACGAACUGAUUGUCCCAUUGCUAAGGUCUUACGGAAGCCCGAAUUGGUAGGGCGAAUGAUGGCAUGGUCCGUUGAACUAUCGGAAUUCGAUAUUUCAUUCGAACCAAGGGGGCCGAUUAAGUCACAAUAUUGGGCCGAGUUCAUCAAUGAGUUACAGCCUAAUGGUCAGUUUCAGAGUGAUCAGUGGACGUUACGUGUCGACGGUUCUUCCAACAACACAGGCAGUGGGGCAGGUAUAAUUCUAAAAGGACCAAUGGGGAUAACCCUCGAACAAUCCAUGCACUUCAGAUUUCGGGCCUCCAACAAUCAAGCCGAAUACGAAGCGCUGUUAGCAGGAUUGAGGUUGGCAGGCGACAUCGGGGCCCGGAGAUUGCUUUGUUGGACGGAUUCACAGAUCGUAUCGGAACAGGUUAAUAAUAAUUUUCAAGUAAAAGAUCCAAAUUUGCUCUGUUACUAUCACCUCUUCCAUAACAUGUGUUCUAAUUUCGACGAAGUACAAGUCUGGCACACGCCGAGGGAAAAUAAUGAACGAGCCGAUCAACUGGCCAGAUUGGCAAGUAGCACUCGGAAAUCGGGACAACUCAGAACUACUCUGCACCUGGAAUUACCUACUCCAAGCAUCGCUGCAACCGAAAGCAUGGCAGUAGAAGCAGCAGCAUCCAAUACAAACUGGAUGACAGAAAUUCUUGAUUUCAUUCUCCAUGGCAAGGAGCCGGACGAACCCUUAGCCGCUAAGAACCUACGAACUCAAGCUGCUAGAUAUUCGGUCAUAGGGGGAGAGUUAUACAGGAGGGUUUUCUCAACCCCGUUACUCAAAUGCGUAGACUCGGCACAAUCUGAUUAUGUGUUACGGGAGAUUCAUCAAGGCAUUUGUGGAUCACAUUCAGGCGGACGAACCCUCGCAGCAAAAGUGUUAAGGGCAGGUUAUUACUGGCCAACCCUUAAGAGUGAUUGUGCGCAGUUCGUCAAACGAUGUAUUCAAUGUCAAAAACAUGGAAACUUGAUUCAUGCCUCGGCAGAACAACUUCAUACUAUUAGUUCACCUUGGCCAUUUGCUCUGUGA